UCGUCAACUACCGCGACCAAACGCCAUCUUAUUUUUUCUGACCUGACCAACACAACGGCAACUCGUUGAAGCCAGAGCGCUUUAUAUGUAAGAGAAAUCCAUCCAGAAAUCACAGAGAAGACCUACGGGGAAGAAAACUUGGAGAGGAGUGGAGGGAGAGGGAGAAGGAGAGGAAGAGGGGUAGCACCAUGCUGGACCAUCUCGUUGGGCUGGUGAAGGUGCGCGUGGUGAAGGGGGUGAACCUCGCCGUCCGGGACCUCCGCUCCAGCGACCCGUACGUCGUCGUCCGCAUCGGCAAUCAGAAGUUGAAGACACGGGUGAUAAAAAAGAGUACCAAUCCAGAAUGGAACGAAGAACUGACCCUUUCUAUCGAAGAUCCUUCGGUUCCUGUUAGACUGGAAGUUUUUGACAAGGACACAUUUAUCGACGAUUCAAUGGGUAAUGCAGAGCUGGACAUCCGCCCGUUGGUGGAGGUUGUGAAGAUGAAACUACAGGAUGUUGCCGACAACACCGUGGCAAAGAAACUGGUGCCGAACAGGCAGAACUACCUAGCCGAGGAGAGCACAAUAUAUAUAUUCGAGGGGAAGGUGAAGCAAGACCUGGUUGUGAGGCUAAAGAACGUUGAGUGUGGGGAAAUUGAGCUCCAGCUUCAGUGGGUCGACGUCCCUGGUUCUAAGGGUGUAUGAGCUUUGCAUUGCCCUGCACUGUUUCGUGGGGCUCCCAACUAAAAGUAAAAUGCAAGUGGAGAAUCCGAGCUAAGGAUGAUUGUGACACAGCAAGUGUCUGUAAGAUAUCCUAGUAUGAGGAUCUCCUAGCGUUUCAGCGCAGAAUGUUACAAUCUCAAUGUUUUGAUAUGAUUGUAUAUUGGAUUUUCCUCAGAUAUAUUGAAACAUCUUCUCUGCAA